AUGAACUUGCCCUCCUUAGAUGUUUUUCAUAUGAUCAUCGUGUCGGUAGAAUUCUUUGCAGGGAUUACAGUCAAUGCAUUUCUUUUAAUUGUGAACUGUAAGGAUUUCAUCAAAGUCAGAAAGCUCGUACCACUGCAAAUCCUUCUAAUUUGUGUAGCGUUAUCGAGACUGGGCCUGCAGGUUGUGCUAAUGACACAUAGCUUGGUCUCUGUAUUCUUUCCGGAUGAUUAUGACGAAUUUAUUUAUAGUGUAAAAAUGAUGCUCAUUUGGAUGCUCUUCAGCUCCCUCACUUCCUGGUUCACCGCUUGCCUUUCUGUAUUUUACUGCCUCAAGAUUUCGGUCUUCACUCAGUCCUGUUUUCUCUGGUUGAAAUUUAGAACUGCGAAGCUCAUACCCUGGCUACUUCUGGGAAGCGUGCUGGCCUCUCUGAGCACCGCGGCCGUGUGUAUUGGACUAGGAGUCCCUACUAUGGUCUUUGACAACGCCACGGAGAAGAAUACAAUGGCUGACGUACAGGCCACUCACGGAUUUCUUCUUCUUAACUUGACGCUAACACUUCCUCUCGCUGCGUUUGCCCUCUGCACCUCUCUGCUGGUCGUCUCCCUUUACAAGCACACUCACUGGAUGCAAAACGGUCCUCACGGUACUUCGAACGUCAAGAAAGAAGCGCAUCUAAAUGCACUAAAAACAGUUGUAUCAUUCUUUUGCUUCUUUAUCUCUUACUUUGCUGCCUUCAUGGUGAAUAUGACGUUUAGCAUUCCUUUCAGAAGCCACCAGUUUUUUGCAGUGAAGGAAAUAAUGGCAGCGUUUCCUUCUGGCCACUCAGUGGUGAUAAUCUUGAGUAACUCGAAGUUCCAACAAUCAUUCAGGAGAAUUCUUUGCCUCAAAAAGAAGCAAUGA